CCAAGCAAUGGAGGAGGACGACAAUGAGACUCACCUGCAACUAUAGACCCAGCCGACCACGCAAAUUGUGCACUACACAAUUUGUGUUUGCGUCCCACGCACGCACCACACAAUUUGCGAUUGUGUCCUACGCACCAUGCAAUUUGCGAUUGCGUUCGUAAGCUUUCUUGUCUUUCAUUUUUCCCAGGAAUAUUUGCUUGAACUUGUAGAAGCGGAACCAACCAAUAUAGGUAAUUUUCCCUAACUGGUCUUCAAAUAUUGAAAUCAAACCCUGAAAUAUUAGGGUUUUGUGGGACUGAUUUAGUUCAUACGCAUAUAUUGAAAACAUGAUUCGAGCAACACCUAGUUGUGCAGACGGCUCUAUUGGACUCUUAUUCCAGGUUUUGUUCUGAUAAAGACUACACGUAGGCUGUUUGAUAAAAUGUCUGAAAGAAAUGUUGUGUCUUGGACUGCUAUGAUUUUCUCUUAUGCAAGAUUAGGUGAAAUGGAAAAUGCACUUUUACUGUCUGAUGAAAUGCCUGAAAGAGAUGUUCCGUCGUGGAACUCUAUUAUUGUGGGUUUCACGUAGAAUGGUCUCUUUAUGGAGGCAAUUACGCUUCUUAAACGAAUGGCAUGCGUUACGAAAUCGAAUCAAGUUACAUUAGUUUGCGCUCUUUCAACAUGUGGUCAUACAUGUAUGCUCCAUCUUGGCAAAUGCAUUCAUUCUUACAUCUUUAGAUAUGGAAUUGAACCAGGUUCGUUCAUUUCAAACGCGCUCGUGGAUAUGUAUGGGAAAUGUGCUAGUUUAGUUAAAGCAAGACGGGUUUUUAAUAACACUCCAAACAAGAAUUUAACAUCUUGGAAUUCCAUGAUCAAUUGUUAUACCUUACAUGGUCAAAGCCAAGCUGCAAUUAGUGUAUUCCAAGAAUUAUUGCAAAAUAGAGAUGAUGUAAAUGGAAUAACAUUUGUUGGUUUGUUGAAUGCUUGUACACAUGGAGGAUUACUUGAACAAGGGAAAUUGUAUUUCAAUACGAUGAUUAAAGAUUAUGGGAUUGAACUAGAGAUAGAACACUGUAGUUGUCUUGUUGACCUUCUUGGUCGAGCAGGAAGAUUCGAAGAAGCUUUGGAUGUUAUGAGGAAGAUGAGUAUGCAGGCUGAUGAGAUUGUUUGGGGAUAUUUUCUUAAUGCUUGUAAGAUUCAUGGGAGACGUGAUUUGGGUGAGUUUGCGGCAAAGAAACUUGUUGAGAUUUACAUUAGUAAGAUCAACCCAGAUGCCUGGCCUGCUAUUGCUGCUGAUGUGGUAGCGGGAGAACAAAGAAUCAUAGCUCUUGAAUUUGGCUACACCAGGCUGUUCCAUCCAGAUAAGCCUGUAACUAAGGCACAAACCGCAAUUUCUCUUGCAACUAGCGAGGCUUCUGAAAUAGUCAACGAAGAGCUUGCACGUAUAGAAGUAGAAGCUUUAGCAGAGAAUGCUGUGACUGUACAUAAUGCAUUAGUAGCUGAGGUUGAGAGAGAUAUAAAUGCUACUUUUGAAAAAGAGCUAUUGUUAGAAAGACAGAAGAUCGAUGCCAUGGACAAAAUGGCAGAGGAAGCAAGACUUAAUUGGAGAGGUUAA